GCACUGCAGGAAAUUUUUGGGAAGCAGAACGGGAAGCUCGCCGUUUGGCUGGGAUUCGUUCCCAUCCAGCCGGGAAUAAUCCGGGGAUGAGGAGCCGCGGGAGGGCUGGAAUUGCCGGGCUGCUCUGGGGGCGCUCCGGGACUUUUCCAGAGGCGCUGGGAGCGGGAGAUGCUCGGCGGGGCUGGGAAUUUUUAUUUUUUCCUGCUUUUUUUCCACUUCCUCGUGGCUGGCUCCGAUCCCGGCCGCGUUUGGCCGCGCCGAUUUCCGGGUUUAUCUGGGAACCUUUUUUUUUUUUCCUUGGACGAGCCAGGGUUCAUUCUCUCCCAAAAUCAUCGCUGGCGGCGCUUCCCGGCGGAGCGUGCCUCUGGAGCGGCCGCGCCCGCCCGGCCGGCCGGGAAUUCCAUGCGGGCAGUGUUUGUUCCCCGUGAGUAAUCCCGGGAUUCGGAGGCAGCGCUGGAAAACGCCGCAUCCAGCGGCGCCUCCGAGCAGCGCCCCGUUCCCGGUGUCCCGGGGCUUUUCCUGGAGCUGCCUCACCCCGGAGCUGGCAGAGGAAUCCAGAACUUGGAUCCCUCUGGAUCCUGGUGGGAUGGAGCUGAGGCCGUGCCUGGAGCAGGACAGAAAGAGGGAUCAUGGAUUUUUCCCUUGAUUUCCCAGAGUGCCGGCACCAGGAUCGGGCUGUCCUGAUCCCGGGAUCCUCGUGGGAGCAGCACCAUUCCCGCGGGAUGUGGCUGGGAGGGAUUUGAGGCGCCGCCCCCUUGGAAGCUGAGCUGGAAAAUCCCAGGAAUUCCAUCCAGAGCUGGCCAUGCCCAGCCCCACGGCCCGGCUGCUCCGCGCCCACCAGGUGCCCGAGAGUUACCGGGAGCCGGGAAUCCUCUCCGGGUACCGCCCUCCCCAGAGCUCGGCCUGUGAGUGCCUGCGCAGCCUCUUCGGGAUGAACAACGAGACCCUCAACAUCUGGACACACCUGGUGCCCGCCGGGUAUUUCCUGUGGCUGCUGCUGUCCCGGCUGGGCAGCCCGGGCUCGGAGGCCGGGGCGGGGCCGUUCCUGGCCUACCUGGGCACGUGCGCCCUGUACCCGCUGGCCUCGAGCGCCGCGCACGCCCUGGGCGCGCUGGGCGGGCACGGGCGGCACCGCGCCUACUGCUGCGACUACGCCGCGCUCAGCCUCUACGGACUGGGCUCGGCGCUGGCGUACUCCGCCUACGUCUUCCCUCUGGAAUGGGUCGGGAGCACAUUCCAUGAUUUCUACGUUCCCGUGGCCGUGCUCAACUCCGUGCUCAGCACUGGCCUGUCCUGCUAUUCCAGGUUUCUGGAGGCGGAGCGGCCCCGCCUGAGCAAAGCCUUCCGAACUUUGGCCUUCGUGUAUCCCUACAUUUUCGACAGCAUCCCGGUUUUCUACAGGCUGUCCCGGAGCUGCUCCGAGGCCUCGCUCCCGCUGCAUUCCCGGCACAGCCUCUGCGCCCUCCUCACCUUCCUGAGCUUCACCUCCCACCUGCCCGAGCGCCUGGCGCCAGGGAGCUUCGACUUCAUCGGGCACAGCCACCAGGUUUUCCACGUCUGCGGGGCCCUGGGAACGCUCUUCCAGCUGGAAGCCGUCUCCGUGGACAUGGCGGAGCGGCGGGGCCGCCUCCCGCUGCCCUCUGCCCUGGGAACCUUCGGCUCCCUGGGAACGGGGGCGGCCGCCAGCCUGGCCAUCCUCGGGCUCUGCUUCCGCAGCCUCCGCCCGGAGCCUCCUCCCCGGGAAAAAUCCCACUAAAGCGGGGAUUGCCUCGGGUUCCUGGGAGCAGUCCCAUCCCAGAGGUGUCCACUGGGGAAUUGGAUAGCCUGGGAAAGUUUCCUUGGGAGUUUCCCAAGGGAAAACUGCACUGGUUUUCUCCGUGGGUGGGCUGGGAAAUGCUUCCCAUCCCGUUGUUAUCCACAGGGAAAGUGUCAAAUAAUCGGGAUUUGAUCCCUGGAAAGGGAGGGAAGCGUUCCUGCUUCCCAAAGAAUCCGGGAUCCCUCGGGUCUGAAAUCCAGGGAAUGUUGGCAUCACCAGCUGGGAGAUUCCUGGUGAAGCCAAGGGUGAAGCCAAGCACUUCUUUAUUCCCAUUUUCCCCUUGGGAGUGGAAAUCCUUUGGAAUUCCAAGCCUUGCACUCAGCCCAAGUGCCUGGAAAGGUGGGAUGGAGGGACUGGAGUUUCCCUCCCAGUUUAAUUCCCACUGUUUUUACUCCUUAUCUGGGAGAAGGGAUUCCAGGAGAGCCCCAGUGGGAUGUUCCUGCAGGAAAGCUCUGCCAGGGUCUCAUUCCAGGAAAUCCUGGGAAGUUCGUUGCUGUGGGAAUUCCGAGUUUCCUCGGGGGGAGGAUGGAAUUAAGGAAUUAGGAAUAAAAGAAUUCCAUCCUGGAUCCUGGGAUUUGUGGUGGGAGAUGGGAGAGCUCCACACCCCAACCUCCCGGGAUUUGGGAUCCUUUAGGAAAAGGUUUGAAUGUUUUGGGACUGGGAUCCACAUGGAGAUGCCAGGAGAAAAGCAGGAUUUGGGACAGCUCAAAGGUUAAAAGCAGCCUGGAAUUUUAAAGAAUUCCCAGGAUUUUCCCUCUGCUGUUCCUUGCUUUCCUUCCCUGCUGCUCCUGGAUUUUGCAGGAGGAGCCUGGAGCUCGAGACUUUCCCAGGAUCCAGGUUUUCCUCUUGGAUUUUCCUGCGGGAACACAGCACACACUUUAUUCUUUGGGAAUAUUUUCCUGGAUAAUCCCACAGGUCUUCCAUUAAUUUCCUUUAAUUGCCUUUGCCAAGGUCUGACUGCUGCACUUUGGGAGCUGCUGGAAUUUGGGAUAUCACAGUAAAAUCUUGGAUGGACAGGUUAAAUAUGGGAUAAAUCAAUCCUUGGGAACACUGAGAGGGAUUUUCGGGAUAUUUAUAAGCACUGGAAUUGUUUUUCCAAAGGUUUUAUUAAAUUAAUAUAAAUCACUGAUUUUAUUCUGCUUGAUAAUAAAAAUAUUCCUGAGAAAACGAA